AUGAGCAGCAACCUAAGUCGUGCGCCAUGUCUCCUCCGCUCUCGACUCUACACCACCAUCCGCCUCUCGUACCGUGGCAAACUCGCAAUCCCCCAGCUCAGUCGCGCGCUGCCAUCACCCCGGCUCAUUUCGACAGUGCUACCCAAGGCCCUAAAGAUGACCUCUCCUUCGCUGGAGUGGCGCGAGUCAUCGCCUGAGCGCACCAUCCAGCGACAAAUCGCCGACGGCGUCAUCGAGAUAUGGGGCUGGGUCGUGUACCGGACAGCGUACCAGCCCGGGCUGGACGCGGCCCGGGCGACGCUGCAGCGGCUGGUGCUCGAGGACCUGCGCGAGUGUGUCGCCGAGUCUAACGCGCUCGAGAUUGCGGACCGGAUGGACUGGGCCUUUGUGGCGGACCCGGAGCUCGAGGGCGCGUCGUUGGAUGAGCUGAAGCGCAGGUUUCGGGCCUGGGCGCGUGCUGCCCCCCCCUGCGACCUCGAUGCCUACAAGUCUGGGACCAGCCGCUGCUCGCGUUACGACCUCUUCGUCCAGGCUGAUGAGGAAGCUCUGCGCAGCGUUGUGCCCGACCCCGGUAGUUAUAAUGCCGCUCUGCUCAGCGGCGCCCAUGUCAACCUAGUCAGGGCUUGGGUCGAUCCGCUACCAGAAGAGAAGGCGACGGACGCAAAUGGGGAGUCUGUGGACAAUGAGGAUUGGAUAAGAUCCAUCUGGGCGUGGGCGCCGCCGGAUGGCCUGUGUAUGCCAUGA